AUGGUUACAAUCAGCAGAGAACAGGCUAUAUGCAUGUUUUACUGUGAACUGUAUAAUGAAUCAAACGUCGUCAAGUUAUCAAAGUUGAUUGAUGACAUGAACAAUAUCGAAAUCUGCUACUCGGACAAUCCAACAGAGCCUAUGCUCCUUUGUCAAACAAGAAUCAACCAAAACCCUGUCAAAUUCAAAACGUACAUCAGCAGAAAUGUGAUUUCAAAAGACAACGAUAGAGAAGAACACAAGAGCAAGUAUAGAGCGAAUCAACAACAGGUUGUGCAAUUCUUGAAUACAUGUUUUCUACCUUAUGAUCCGGGUAGCGACCAACUCUAUGAAGAGAAAAAUGUUACGAAUGGCGACAUAUUUUCAACAUUAUUGCAACAUACAGAAAUAUUCAAUGACAAGAGUGUCACGUCUUUCGGAAACUGGUGUUCAUCAAAGAAAGUUGACUUUUUGAUGUGCAAGCCCAAAAGGAAACGUUAUGCCAAUAAUUCAAUGAUCUCUGUUCGGUCGCUAUACAUUCUAAAUAAAGAAUAUUUUAGUAAGACAGGAUGA